GUUUCUCGCUUGGGAAUCCGCCAGUUUAUAUUUUCAUCAGCACUACUGCUAUUUUUGACGGGGAUAUUGAUCUGUGCCUGCCCUACUCUAAAUCUACUUUUCCAAGGGGCACGGAGCCUCGGCUCUUUCAUUUUAUCAACGACACGUGGGACGAUGUGACCACAGAAGUGGAUUCAGAAUCUGAGCUCUUGUGUGGUAGAGUGACAUCAUUCAGUCCCUUUGCCCUCGGAAUAGUAGCAACCACCGACGCGCCUUCGAUUUCACCAACACAAGUCCCUCGUACACCAGAUUUGACAAUACAGCCGACAGGAGCUCCGACCGUGGCACCUACGAUGCAUUCGACAGAAGCUCCGACCGUGGCGCCUACGAGGCAGCCAACGGAAACUCCGACCGUGGCGCCUACGUUGCAGCCAACGGAAACUCCGACCUCGGCGCCUACGAUGCA